UGAUUUAACAUUUCGAGUAAAAUAAAAUCAAAUCCAAACGCGAGUGUCUGAUCUCCUAAUCACGGGACGAGAUUCUUAAAUAGUAUCAUAUGUUUGUCAUACAUCUACAGAUCCGAAUCAUUAUUUUCUUAAAAACAUCUUAACGACUUGCUUCACGUUUUUCAUUCCAUCACUCAACUUUAUCCCCUAAUAAUCCAAUAACAAAAAACCCCCAGAAAUUAAAUAAGAAAAUGUCCAACAGAAGAAACAACAACAACGAUGAGGAAAAAGGAUUGAUAUGGAAAUUACCGGUGUCAUAUUCAGAUAAAUUAGGUAAACUAGGCCCUGCUUUUGGUAUUGGCGCUGGUUGCGGCGUCGGUUUCGGUAUCGGUUUCAUCGGAGGUGCGGGGUUAGGUCCUGGAAUUCCUGGCAUGCAGCUUGGUUUUGGAUUUGGUGCUGGAUGUGGAGUUGGUCUUGGAUUUGGUUAUGGUGCAGGGAGAGGCAUUGCUUAUGAUGAGAAUCGUAAAUACUCUAAUGUCGGGAAGUUAUUUAAUGGACAGGGCAAUCUUCCUACUCAGGACGAGAUUGGUUUUCUGAUUGAGGAGGUUGUUGUGAACACCAAGAAGUUAAUCAAAGCAACUCACAGAGAGGUUGAAAAAUGGAGACGGUAACGGUAUUGAUGGAUAUUAUUCACCUCUUGGCUGUUAGAUAUGUAAAUAAUAUGGUCAUGUUAUAUAUAUACACACUAUCCAUAUGUUUUCCUCGUAAGGUGAUUAUUUGAAAGGUUAAAUUCUCAUUA